AUGGCGGACAUCCUUGACCUCUUUCCGGAGUACGUCCUGACGGGAAAGCUGGACGAGUUGCGCGCUAGAGAGUACGGAUACCUCGACGAGCAAGGUCAUACGUACGUCGACUACACUGGAGCCGGGCUUCCUGCGCGCAGGCAGUAUCACGCCCACAAGGCUCGACUCGAGGGGGCAACCUUUGGCAACCCACACUCCAUGAACCCUACUAGCCACUCCGCGACAGUCCUCGUCGAGAAGACGCGAGAGCGGGUUCUGUCCUACCUGAACGCAUCACCUGACGAGUACCAAGUCAUCUUCACCCCAAACGCCACCGGGGCGGCAAAGCUAGUUGGCGAAGCUUACUCGUUUCGAAAGAGCUCAAGGCUUGUCUUGACGUCGGAUAACCACAACUCUGUCGUCGGCCUCCGUGAGUUUGCCGGCCGAGCUGGAGCACACACCAACUACGUACCAAUCCAGCAACCAAGUCUGAGGAUCGCAACUUCGGCCGUCACCAAGGCUCUGCCGCGCAGAAAGCGCUUCAGCCUAGGUAAAGUGUCUCCUGGUCGUCGGGGGCUCUUUGCAUACCCAGCACAGAGCAACUUCAGCGGAGUCCGGCAUCCCCUGGGCUGGGUAAGCCUGGCGCAGGAAAGGGGCUACGAUGUCCUCCUAGAUGCCGCCGCCUAUCUUCCCACAUGCGCGCUCGACCUGUCUACCGUCCAACCCGACUUCGUCAUCAUUAGUUGGUACAAGGUCUUUGGCUUCCCGACAGGCGUUGGCUGCCUUGUCGCCAGGCACGACGCGAUGGCUCGACUGAAACGGCCCUACUUCGCCGGCGGGACCGUCGAGGCCGCCACGAUCGGAGUGCCGUGGCAUAAGUUGUCGACGGGGCCAAGCGCUUACGAAGACGGCACGUCAAACUUUCUAUCUAUUCCAGACGUCCAUGUUGGGCUCGACUGGCUCUCUGGCAUCGGCAUGGAACUCAUCGGCACAAGGGUAAGAUGUCUCACAGGAUAUUUUCUUGCCCGUCUCUCCUCCCUCGAGCACACGAAUGGCGCACCCAUGGCUAGAAUCUAUGGACCGACGGACUUGGAGUCUCGUGGCGGCACCGUGACGUUCAACUUUCUCGACAACACUGGAAAAGUCGUGGAUGAACGACUAGUGGCAACAGAGUCCGCGGCAGCAGGCAUCUCGUUGAGGACUGGCUGCUUUUGCAACCCCGGAGCUGGGGAGGCUGCUUUCAGCCUUAGCAAAAAGAGAAUCUCGAGUAUUGUUCGCGCGAAGCCGACAACAUUUGCCGAAGUCUGGGACUUGUCUGGGCUCCCGACCGGCGGCGCCAUACGCGUAUCAUUCGGCAUCUCAUCAACGGCCCGCGAUGUCGAAUAUAUCAUUGCCUUUGCAACGAAGACAUACUUGGAUCGCACGACCAACACGGAAGGGCUACCAGAACGCACGGCCUGUUAG